CCUGAAGAGAGAUGGUGAUGUUGAAAUUAAAACAGAAGAGCUAUAUCCAAAUAAAGACAUGACACAAAUAUGUAGCGCUGAACGAAGGGUGUUACUUUACUUAGACCAUGACAUGGUGUUUAUUCCGAUAAACAUCCGAGAGACGCACUGGUAUCUUGCCGUGAUCCAUGCAAGAAAUAUGGAGAUACAAGUGCUUGAUUCACUUGGUACUUCACAAGACCGCAAAGACCUCACUGACUCUAUUAAAGGACUGCAAAGACAAAUAGAUAUGAUAUCUCAACGUAAGGAGUUAAAAGACCACAGGUGGCCAGACCUCCAAGUUGCUUCUUGGCCGCUCAGAGAAAUAGACAUGGGAUAUGCAAAGCAGACAGAUAGCUCUUCAUGUGGCCUCUUUCUUUUGAACUAUAUCGAAUACUGGACAGGGGAUGAACUGUCUGACAGUUUUACCCAGGAUGACAUGUCACACUUUAGGAAAAAAUGACUGCUAUAUUACUAUCUUCAGACCUGAAUAAGAGAAGGGGGUGUCUGUUAUACAAAAAU